GUGGGAGACAUUUGGGAUAGGCUAAUGAUUAGAUCAAUGACUGCUACGAGAACUCGAGCUGUCAUCGGAAGACACUUCGCGCCCAGGUGGUCGGCGAACGACACUUCUCCACCCUUGUGCGAUAAACCUGACUCCUCGAACUCUGUUAUCAGCUGUGGAUUCCAAUCAGAAUCCUCUCAGAUGCAAGCCUCGGUCUAUAUGGCUGUGACUACUAUACCACCGCGGUUCCGCUCUGACUCGAGUGUUCCUACCGACCCCUACCGUCUUCUGAAGUCUAUGGGCCCCUCUAGGAGCAACCCACUCCCUACGCAGGGAGGAAUUGCUCCUCUGAAUACGCAGAGCCCUCCCUCUCGGCGCCCACUUUUCACCAUGGUCGCAAACCCCAGCAUGAAGAUGCAGCCGCCGUUUAUGAAUCCUGAAUGCGAUCAUCUACCCAAUAUCAACAUGCAGUCCCCCUCUCGUCAUCCUGCCUCCAAACCGCCCGACCGUCUGCUGGAAUCUAAGCCCAUUCUGCUGCCGCCUAAACCCAAUAUGGAUGUGGUCGCGCUCGACGAUCAGGGUAAAGGUGAAAGCAGGAGUCGUCUGUUGGGUCUGACCACGAAGUUCCUUCCAACUCGAGCACCCCUUGGAGCACCAAUAUGUUUGAAUUUCUUGCGGAAGUACUGUCCGUUCAGGAGCCGGUGCCUCCGAGUUCAUGUCUUGUUUCUACGUGAGGGCACUGGAGAAACUGAGGAAGUGUGUGUCAAUGGGCUAUCUGGAAGAUGUCGAGGUGCUGGUGAAAAUGCUGGAAACCAGGGCUGUACCAGAAGACAUCUGAAAUUAGAGGAAAUCAUAUCUUCACGGGCGGGCUCGAACGAAGCCGGAGAACGGCUGGAACCAAUGCACACUGUUGAUAUCCAGCAGCCUGCACCUCCCUGCCCGGAGGAAGACCUACCGAGCACCAGCAAGCCUGUAGUUCGGUUCCCGGCUCCGGCUCAAUCGAAUUGGAGUCAUGAAAGUCAAUCUACGCCAGCCGCGGUGUUCGACCACAACAACUCGUUUCACGACCAGGACACGGAUUUAUGGGGUCAGAAAGGACAAGAACCAGCGGGGAGUGAUUCGGAGGGGGAGAGCCAUAGCAAUGACACCAAAGCAGUGACAUCUUCCCGGGAGACAUCCAUGUCCUCAUCUAUCUGCCGAAACUGGUCUCGCACCGGCGGCUGCGUAUUUGGGCCUCAGUGCAAUUUCGCGCAUGUGACACCAACCCAAUCACUGCCAAUUCGCCGUCCUCUGCCUGCAGCCAAAGAAGUCUGCCGUAAAUGGCUCCGGAACGUAUGCAAUCGAGGCUCAAACUGUCCAUAUAUCCACGAAGAUGUCAAGUACGACGAUCCAGAACCUCCACCGGCGCUGCCUCCGGAACCGCCCAUCACAGUGAUCUUGCACGACCACACAAAAGUCAAGAUCGGACCGGGAUUUGAGGUGUCUGAUGUCGCAAGUAGCGAGGAGACUGCAUGGCUGAUUCUCGGGAACGUGCCAAAUGGGAUCCUGUUGGAGGACAGAGAGAUACAGAGACUGGUGCAAGGGUUCGGAGAAGUCCUGGAUGUCGUUCCUCUAUCUAGCAAAGACAAAAAGGAGGGGUCUGCCAAAGUGCGGUUCGCCAGUCACUCUGCAGCGCAACAGGCAACCCGGGCUCUGGACGGCAAGGUUUUGUCUGGCAAAACUCGGCUUAGUGCGCAGAUUGCCGUGAACUCAAGGACCGGGAUGGCUACGAUGCAGGACCGGACCAUCCGACUGGUUUGGGAGAUUCCGCACAAGACAGCGUAUUGUGGAUAUUCCGACUAUAUGCGGGUCGAGCGGGCUCUAGCAUCGGCCCGAGCAAAGCCGUUCGGUGAUAACUAUGUCUAUGCGGCGAACCACAUCGGGCUGCCUUCGUUAGGCGCGUUUACGCUCAAAAUCACCAACAUCCCACCUGAUGCGACGGAGAAGAUGAUGGCUCGGUUCGGGAAUCCGGAUGAAGUCGUUUGGGCGCGCGCCAAUUACUCUGCCCUCCAGCCAGCGGUCGAAGGGAUCAAGCACUUGCUCCAGACAACAAGCGCCGGUUUCCUAGAGCUUGACGUCCAGACUGCUCCCUUUUCGCAUGGGGCUGUCAAAGCUUGGGCCGUCUACGAGAGUCGCGCCGCAGCUCGAAUCGCAGCUGGAUUGCUGCACAAUCGGAAACCCAGGUGCAUCGGCAGAUCCCGGCUGUCGGUGAAGCACGUGCAAACAUUGAUAUACUCAUUGGCCACUGUGCAGUACGACCGGGAUGCCCGACUCAUCGAUGCGUUGAGGGAUGAAGCGCAUCGGGCCGGAAUGGGCAGCUCGGCUGUCGUGACUCGACGGAAUGUGUCGACGGCGCUUGUCCGCCUGUCGGCUCAGUCCACACAGGAUCUCGGCAUGCUCAAAGCCGAGUUCGAACGGAUUCUCAGGGGUGAUAUCCUCAGAGUGGACGGCGUGUCUGUCUGGAACGCCUACUUCUCAAGACCAGACGGGAUGCAAUUCACUCGAAUGAUCUCAGCCAGAACAGGUUCGCGGAUCGUAUCUGAUCCGAUCCGGCGCUGCAUCAAGCUGUUUGGGACCAUGUACCAGCGAGCAUUGGCGCGGAAGCACCUCCUUCAGAAGCUGCAUGAGGUCCAAGCCCAGCGGGUCGACUUGAUCCGAGCCGAAAAUCGCGUGAUCAGCGCGUUUAUUACGUCUCAACUGAGCGGGCUGGCCCGGCGGUUUGGCCCCGAGAAUGUUGUAGUGGAUAUCCGAGACGGCAAGAUCCUGUUCCGGGGUGGCGAGGAAAUUUAUCGUGCGGGGGUCGAGGCUGUUCACGCGGCUCAACAGUCUGUUUUGGGGCACGAGGUGGCCAAUACCACGUCGUGCCCGGUUUGCUUCAACGCAGUGGUGUCACCCAUCACGCUCUCUCGCUGUGGACAUGCCUACUGCAGCAUCUGCUUCUCCCAGUACAUUCUCGCGUCGAUCGAGAACCGGAGAUUUCCCCUCACGUGCCUGGGUGGAGACGCGAAAUGCACUGAGCUGAUACCGCUCUCGGCUGUGCGGUCUGUGCUGGAUCAGAAAGACUUCAACUCGGUCGUCGAGGUGGCACUCUCCUCCUUUGUCCACAGCCACGCCAAGGAGCUCCACUACUGCCCUUCACCCGACUGCCAGCAGAUCUACCGCACGGGGCCCAAGGGGACCGUCGUGCACUGUCCCUCGUGUCUGCUGCGGAUCUGCUCCUUCUGCCACACAGAAGCGCACGACGGGAUCGUGUGCCAGGACAGCUGGCAGGACACUGAUAAGCUUUUUGCGAGCUGGAUCAAAGGCCACGACGUGAAGAAAUGCGCUGGGUGCGGCAUCCCCAUCGAGCGUGAGGAGGGCUGCCACCAUGUCACGUGCACGCAGUGUCACACACAUAUGUGUUGGGUCUGUAGCAAGACGUUUCCGGAGGGAGAUGGGAUUUAUGCACACAUGCGUGCGGAGCAUGGUGGCAUUGGCUUGUAG